AUGGCUGGAGAAGUACUACCAUGGCUAAAUAUCGACUACACCAAGAAGAUUAUGCGACUAGCAGAGGACGACAAUACCUUGCAGGUGACCAAUAUAUUUACAAAAGCGGCCACGGACAAGGGCGACAACUAUUGCAGCGACAUGAUGAGGAUGACGGUGGAGUUCACCCGUAAAAAAGGGGACAAAAUGGAGACCGAGAAGAAGUCUAUGAUCCUCAAACUUGAACCCCUCGAAGAAGGUGCCCGACAAGAUCUGAUCAGUAAAAUUGAAGUCUUCGACACGGAGAUCUCUGCCCUAACCGACACCGUGAAGAAAAUGAAUCACAUGUUGGGACCUGAGGAACGUCUUUGCGCGAAUGUUUAUCACGUACGAAUGGACCCACCGUUGUGUUUGAUCCUGGAGGAUCUUUCUGUUCUUGGUUUUCGUAUGGCCAAUCGUCAACUUGGUCUCGACAUGGAUCACGCGUUAAUGGCUCUUAGAGGAAUAGCUAGGUUUCAUGCUGCGUCGGUCGCUUUGUGCGAAAAGGAACCGAAAUACAAAGAGCAGUAUAGAAAAGGAAUGAUCAGUAUUGAGUAUCCAGAGGAGAUGCACACUUACAUACCCUCCACUUUGAAAGCGAUGGCGGAUGAAGUGGAGAAGUGGCCAGAAUUAGGAAAACCCUAUGCGGAUAAAAUUAGGGCGUUUGCACCUAAUUCUUAUCGAAAAGGCGCCGAAGCUUUAGCACGUAAGGACAACGAGUUCAACGUGAUCAAUCAUGGGGAUUGUUGGGUGAACAACAUGUUGUACCGGUAUGAUGACAAUGGAAAACCCAUUCAACAUAUUUUCGUAGACUUUCAGCUAUGUUUAUACAGUUCACCUGCGGUUGAUCUACAUUACUUUAUGGCUACCAGCUUAAGCGAAGAAGUUUAUAAACAUAGGAGAGGCUUGUUGCUCGAGGAGUACUUGAAAGCGUUGACAAGUGUCAUGAAGAAACUUGGUUGUAAAACAUCACCGCCCACCAAGGACGAAUUGCAGAGGAUCCUGAAUGAACGAGAGAUGUACGAAUUGAUAGCUUCGGUCCUUAUCUUGCCAAUAAUACUGUUAGACAAGGAUAAUGCAGUGGACAUCAAUGAACUAUUGCAAGCGGAUUUCAAAGAUAACCGUGGUCUCAAGUCAGAAGCCUUCCGGAAGGUGAUGAGCAAAAGAUUGCCCAGAUACAUGGAAAUAGGCUUACUCGACCCGUGAACCUUUUAUUAUGUUUUCACACGCCCGAUGUUCUGUCGAUGAUAUCAAUUAAACGUUAGCGAUGGAACACGCGAUAUGGAGUGAACAGCAGUGGGUGUGUUAAAGAAAGAUUUUCGAGAAUCUAAUUCAAUGAGAAAUGAUGUCAAUUACGUACUGGAAUUUACGUGGGUAAGGGCUGUGUUGAAUUGUGAUCAAUUCGCUCGUGAUAAUAAGAUACAUUGUAAUCGGUUCUUUAUCGACUAUUCUUUGAAGCCGAAUGGUUUAACCAUAGUUCAAAUGUUUUUUGUAAAUCACUUAGACUUAAUAAUGACGAAAAAGAGCUUAGAAGGUACACGCUUAGAUUAUUUUCUUUUGUAAGUCCGCAACUCAAUGGUACAAAUUGAGCGACAAAAUAAUGUCACCUAACAUGCAGAAUUAACAAAGUAUUAUUUUGGAUGGAAAUAAAAGAUUUUUGUUGUUAAUCGUGCUACGAUUUUGAAAGUGCUCGAACAUUGUUAUACGUUACACAAUGAAAAAGAAAUAAAAAAAUUGAAGAUCAAUGAAAA